UUCCGAAGUUCCAAUGGCCUCGCAGUUUCUAUUGUUAGCAUGCCUUGCUAUGACAGCUUCUAUUGCUUUGGCAUCUGACCCAAGUCCUCUUCAGGAUUUUUGUGUGGCUGAUCCAUCAGGCACAGUACCCGUGAAUGGACAUGUGUGCAAGGACCCCAAGCUAGUUGUCGCCGAUGACUUCUUCUUCAGUGGACUUCACCUUGCAGGCAACACAUCAAACCCUGCUGGUUCAAAGGUGACCCCUGCUAAUGUUGCCCAGAUUCCAGGACUUAAUACUUUUGGUAUCUCCCUAGUUCGUAUCGACUAUGCACCAUGGGGUAUCAAUGCUCCACACACUCAUCCUAGAGCUACUGAAAUCUUGACAGUCCUUGAAGGGAGCCUCCAAGUGGGUUUUGUCACCUCCAAUCCCGAAAACAGACUUAUCACAAAGGUGCUUCAGAAGGGCGAUGUGUUUGUGUUCCCAGUAGGACUAGUGCAUUUCCAACACAAUGUGGGAAAUGUUAAUGCGGUAGCCAUUGCAGCUCUGAGCAGCCAAAAUCCAGGUGCUAUUACCAUUGCCAAUGCAGUGUUUGGAUCAAAGCCUGCCAUUUCUGCUGAUGUUCUUGCAAAGGCAUUCCAAGUCGACAAGGACACAAUCUACGAUUUCCAGUCCAAGUUCUAGACUCCAACUUGGAACCUUUCAAAAGGGGUUUGA